AAUAAAACAAGUGUCCUAAUCCAAAUCUUCUUUCUCUUUGCCAAAACAGAAAGCCAACAUGGGUAUCUCUUAUACACCCCGUCUUUCCACCACUACGCUUGACGUCACUCAUUCCUCUCUUUUCCCCUGCACAUCAAAAACAAACCCAGGAAAAAUAUCAGAUUCUACUUUUAGUCACACCAAUAAUAUCAGCUUGAACAAUCUCCAAAAACCCACAAAAAAGUUUGGAUCUUUUUAUUAUUGUUCACAUAACACCACCUGUUUAGGCUCAAAGAUUGUACCUUUAAAGUGUUUUGACAAAGUAAGGGAAAUGGAGAGUCAAGAGGGAAUUGCUCAAAAAACCACGAUUGACAUUCAUGGUAUUGAUGAAGAGUUGGUUCAAAAGAUGGUUUAUGAUGCUCUUGUUUGGAGUUCUCUUCAUGGCCUUGUUGUUGGUGAUAGAAGCGUUCAGAGAUCAGGAAAAGUACCUGGAGUGGGCAUGGUACAUGCGCCAUUUUCCCUGUUGCCUAUGACAUUCCCAGAAAGUCAUUGGAAGCUAGCAUGUGAAGUAGCACCUAUCUUCAAUGAGCUCAUUGAUCGUGUGAGUUUGGAUGGGAAAUUUCUACAGGAUGCUUUAUCCAGAACAAAGAAAGUGGAUGCCUUUACAUCGAGACUUAUAGAUAUUCAUUCCAAGAUGCUAGAAAUUAACAAGAGUGAAGAGAUACGCUUGGGUUUGCAUCGAUCAGAUUAUAUGCUUGAUGAACAAACUAAAAUACUCCUCCAAAUAGAGCUAAAUACAAUUUCAUCUUCAUUUCCUGGCCUCAGUUGUCUUGUCAGUGACCUUCACAGGAGCUUGCUUAAGUACUAUGGAGAACAUAUUGGAUUAGAUUCCAGUAGAAUACCUGGAAAUUCUUCUGCUGAUAAGUUUGCAGAGGCAUUGGCUAAAGCUUGGACUGAGUAUAAUAACCCUAGGGCUUUGGUUCUGGUGGUUGUUCAGCCUGAAGAACACAACAUGUAUGAUCAACAUUGGCUUUGUGCAACAUUGGAGGAAAGACAUAAUGUCAAAACUAUUCGGAAAACAUUGGCAGAAAUAGACAAGGAUGGGGAAAUUCUACCAGAUGGAACUCUUCUUCUAGGUGGAAAAGAAAUUUCAGUUGUUUAUUUUAGAGCUGGUUAUGCACCUACUGAUUAUCCUUCAGAAGCUGAAUGGAGAGCUAGGUUACUUAUGGAGCAGUCAUCAGCUGUCAAGUGCCCAUCCAUAUCUUAUCAUUUAGCUGGAACCAAAAAGAUUCAACAAGAACUUGCAAAACCCAAUAUGCUUGAAAGAUUUCUAGAGAACAAAGAGGACAUUGCCAAAUUGCGGAAAUGCUUUGCUGGAUUAUGGAGUCUGGAUGAUUCAGAUAUCAUCCAAAAAGCCAUUGAGAGGCCUGAUCUCUUUGUGAUGAAGCCCCAAAGAGAAGGCGGAGGAAACAAUAUCUACGGUGAUGAUGUGAGGACAAACCUUCGAAGAUUGCAGAAAGAAGGAAGCGAAGAGGAUGCCGCUUACAUCCUAAUGCAAAGAAUUUUUCCUAUGGUUUCGCCCGCAUUUUUGGUGCGUGAGAGCAUUUGCCACAAAGAUCAUGCCAUAUCAGAACUUGGAGUAUAUGGUGCUUACUUGAGGAACAAGGAGAAAGUUAUCAUAAAUGAGCAGUGUGGAUACUUGAUGCGGACAAAGGUAUCUUCAUCAAAUGAAGGAGGAGUUGCAGCUGGAUUCGCAGUCUUGGACAGUAUAUACUUGAAUUAACAGAGUAGCUUAAUAAUUUCUCCAAGUGGGUUUAUGUUCUUAACCCAAAGACUUAGUGGUUAACUUCGCAUGUGUGCUAACAGCAUUCAGCACCAGAUUUGACAAUUGUUCGGAUAAAUGGGUCCUCGAGUCAAGUUUUUCUCGAGAAAAAAAAAAUUGUCCCACCAUUUCCAUUUUUUAUUUACCAGAAAGAAACAUUGAGAGGCAGGAGUUCCCUUUCUUACCCUGUUCCCACUUUCUGAUGGGUGGUUUUCCUUCCUGGCAUUUUUGUAACAAAACAUUUGUAACUGUAUCAGCAAACAAAGCAAUUUGGAACUAUACACGGCUACUCAAAAUUUAAUAAUACAGCAACUGUGAUAAGUGAAAUUCAAGUGAGAUUUGUAAUUU